AGCUUUACAAGAAAGCAAAGGCUAACUGCAUUGCAUAAGCCUUAUUAAUUUGUUUUUGUUGUUUGAAUAGUUGAACACUUCAUCAUCGAUCUUCUCAAACCCUCGCCGGCGAAGAUGAUGCACAUGACCUUUUACUGGAGCCGGAAGGUGAAUCUCUUGAUCGAUUCCUGGCAGACCCAGGAUUGGACCGAUUAUCUUCUCACCCUUCUUGCGUGCCUCAUAGUUUCCGCUUUCUACCAGUUCAUUGAGAAUCGCAGAAUUCGCCUCAAGCUCAUCGGUGCCGGAAAGCCCUUCCCGUCGGAGAUUCAGACCCCUCUGUUGCAGCGGAAGCUCACCGGAAACAGGGCCAAGUUGGGGGUGAAGGUCGCGGGGGCGAUUCUCUUUGGGCUGAGCUCGGCCAUAGGGUAUUUAUUGAUGUUAUCGGUUAUGUCCUUCAACGGAGGGGUCUUUGUGGCCAUCGUGGUGGGUCUCGUUGUUGGGUACUUUUUCUUCAGGAACGAGGGUGAAGAUUCCAUUACAGUAGACACUUCUUGCGCCUGUGCUUGAAUUCAGUCACUUUUAAAUCUUUCAAUCUUCUCAGCUGAAAAUCGUAGUUGUUGUUUAUUAUUUCCUGUUUUAAUUUAGACCUAUCGAUUAUGGAUAUGUAAUUUCUCUGUGUAUGGAAUUGUAAUUAACUGUAAUUGGGAUAAUGGAAAGUGGGAACCCUUGAUGGAUUCUAAUUUUAAUAUAUUUUUCGGCA